UUCAACUUCGGAAGAAGAUGUUUUAACAACAUGAAAUCUGGUGCUAAACCAAGUUUCAGGCCUUUUUAUACCCAACAGAGAGCCUCUAUGUCUUUCUUCAAAAUGAACACAAUGGCUUUCACAACUCUUUCACAACUCCAAGCUACAAAGCUCGAUGCUAUCAACAGUUUAAAUGUCGGAAUGAUCAACAGCUUGGCUAUUGAAGGCAUCAGCCUCAGCCUAGACUGCGUUGAAGAGAACGAUCUCGAAGAAGAUGAUGGAAUUUAGUCGAUGCUAGGACCCCUUGUGAAGCAGCUUUGAUAGCCACCCAAUAAGUAUUGAUUAAAGAAGAAUAAAUCUUGG